AUGACUAAGAAGUCAUUGGAACAACAACAAGAACGGGUGAAGAAGAAUGCGUUUGUUCAUAAGUUAUAUACAAUGUUAAGUGAUCCCAAAUUAUCCCAUUUAAUUUGGUGGUCAACUAAUAAUAUUGAAGGAAAUACAUUUGCAUUAUAUCCAGGUAAAGAAUUUGCUGAUUGUUUAACUCAAUAUUUCAAACAUGGCAAUGUGGCCAGUUUUGUAAGACAAUUGCAUAUGUAUGGAUUCCAUAAGGUUAGUGAUCCUUCUACUUCUUCCACUGUCAAUACUAAUGAAAAGGAUAUACCACCAAUUUGGGAAUUUAAACAUCUGAGUGGGAAAUUUAGAAAAGGUGAUGAACGUUCAUUAGUUUAUAUCAAAAGAAGAUCAAGUUCAAAUAGUUCAAAACAUACUUAUAAUGGAGAAAGUCUACGUCAUCAUGCAUAUCAACAGCAACAACAACCAAUGACUCCUCAACAACAACAAUAUAAUAAUACCCAUCAAGAAUAUCUAGUGGCUGGAAACACUGGCUAUCCUCCUAAUCACCCUUACCAAACUACUGGACCUGUACAACAACAACCAUACAUGUAUUAUCAACCAAUUCCUCCUAGAGGUCAAGUUCAAGUACCAGUCAAAGUAUUUCCUCCUCCUAAACCAAUGGCACCAAUUGUCGUUGGAGCAGGUCCAAAUCGAAAUCAAGGUUAUCCUUCUCAACAAUUUUAUCAAUAUCAAAUGGAUCAACCACAACAACCUACUAAUAUUUUACAACACCUGCAACCACCUCCACAGCAAUUACAACCAUCUAGACCCUUUGUAGAUUAUCAACAACAACAACCAAUGCCUCUACAACCCACCAUGCAAAAUGUUCCUCCACAUGUACCUUUAGCAGUACCAAUACCUGAACCAGUGCCAAGCUUACUUCGAUCUACAACUCCAGAUAACAAAUCACCCGGGUCUGAUUCUCAUCACCAUCCCCCACCUCCACCACAGCAACAGCAACAACAGCAACUACAACAGAACGGUCUUAACAGUAUAGCAAAACAAUCCCCAGUCCAACCAUAUGUGCCAGGCAUGCAAUUUAGGAAGAUUUGGGAAGAAGGAACCACAGGCAAUAGUCGACCCAGAAAUUCAUCAAUGUUUUUUGAUCCAUUAGCUCCAACCCUGCCAUCUAGUGGAGGUUUAAUAUCAUCCCCAAAAGAAGACUUGAGAUAUAACUUACCUCGAACAACCAAUAAUCAAUCCCCAGAAGGUUCAGGUUCACUUUAUCCCAAUAAUGGAGGUAUUAAUAUGACUGCACCAAGACCGCAGUCAUUGCCAAGAAGUAUACCACCUGAUUUACAAGUCAAUCAUCAAAUCCGUCCAUUCUCAAGUUCUUUAAGUAGUGGUCUGAAUAACAACAAACCAUCAUUGUAUUCCCAUGUAAAUGAUAAAUUGAAACAGACUGAAUUGCCAUUUCCAAAUAAUGGUAGACCAAAUAAUCCAAGACCUAGAUUAACCAACGAUAGUUCAUUCAGUUCACAGUCAUCAUCGUCAAAAGGAUCUAUCUUUUCCCAUAAAUCAUCAGUAUCAUCAGUUGCAUCCCUUUCAACCACAGCCACACCUUCCCUCAAGAAUGUAAAUGCAGAAACUUCAUUACCACCCAUCCAAUCAAUAUCGAUUCCAUAUUCCAAUAAUCUGGUUGUGAAUAGUACUUCGACACUUUCAUCCCCCGGUAGUAGUAAUAAUGAAGAUGCUGCUUCUCCUCAUCUGUAUAGAAAUUUGAGUCCACCUACUGUUCCAACUAAUUAUAAUGCUCAGUUAAAUAGUGUUUCUCCGUCGAGUACGCCUGGAGUUAUAAGAAAUAAGAAAGUGUCGGUGAAUUCAAUGUUGGAUGAUGAUGGGAGUAGUAAUACUAGUGCUACGAAGGAGCCAUUGUUGAUUCGGUCCAUUAUUAAUAAUGAUGAUAGUAUUAUGAAAGUUAGACAAGAGGUAGAAGACGAUACAAAGAGACGUAGAUUGAGUUAG